UGUUUUCAUAAUGCACGGUAAGAAAUGUAAACAGAGGAAAGCUAUUCAAGCUGACUAGAAUUGAAUCUCACCAUUAGCCCAUUACUCUUCAACUGAGCUGUACACAUGAAUAUAGUGAACUUUUCAGAGAGUGAAGAGAUAUUGGAACUGAGAGAGGAAUCCUUGGAGAUGGAAGAUAAGAGAACCAUAAAUAUGACCUCAACACGGUGGGUGAUCAAAGUCACUUACCUCCUGACGGCUGUGGAUCUGACCUGCAUGUUCAUGCAGUUUGGGAUUGUUCCAUAUUUGGCAACUAACUUGGGUUUGGAUGCAGUUGAAUUUGGCUACUUGCAAACGUUCUUUGGUAUUCUUCAGCUUCUGGGUGGCCCCAUCUUUGGAAGGUUUGCUGACCAGUUUGGAACCAGAACUGCUCUAAUUCUCUCAUAUUUGGCUGGAUCUCUGUGCUUCUUGCUCCUCUCUAUGUCCAUCAGUGUCCCCCUACUCUUUCUUUCCAGAGCUCCAGCCGUCUUCAUUCAUGGAUUACCAGGUGCACAGAUGGUUAUAACAGACUUGACAACUCCUGCCGAACGUGCUGAUGCUUUAGGAAAGCUUGGACUUUGUUUUGGAAUAGGAGUAAUUCUUGGAUCUUCCCUGGGUGGUAUCUUAACCACAAACUUUGGUGCUGAUGUUCCUUGCUAUGUUGCACUAGCUGGGUGUCUUACCUGUGCUUUGAUGGCCCUUCUUUGUAUUCCUGCCCAGACAAAGCCACAGGCCACGGGAAAUGAAGCAUCUCAGGGCACAUCCCAAUCCAGUAGUGUUUUUAGCCUCCAAGAAAUCAUUCGCCUGUUGACACUUCCAGGAGUAAUGGAUGUUUUCUUAAUCAAAGUCCUUUCUGUAUUUCCUACAGGGGUGUUCCUAAUUAUGCUUUCCAUCAUAUCCAUUGAUUUCUUUGGUCUGGAAGUUGCUCAUGCUGGAUAUCUGAUGUCCUAUAGUGGAAUCCUUCAAAUGGUUGUCCAGGGCCUAGUAAUUGGACGAUUAACCAAUCGCUAUACUGAGCGGACUCUGCUGAUGCUGAGUGUCCUUGUUUUGUGUGGCGUUGGCGCUGCUAUGGUCCUGAUGACUAGUGUAUUUCAUUAUUGCCUCAUUGUGCCCCCCAUGGUGUUCUCCUUCAGUAUUGUCGGUGUCAUUACUGAUAUCAUCCUGACCAAAUCAGUCCCUGCUUCUGAUACAGGUGCCAUGCUGGGAAUUAGUGCUUCAGUUACUCCACUGAUACGGACAUUUGGCCCAACAAUGGGAGGAUUUCUAUACAGAAGAUUUGGGGUUUCCUCCUUUGGGUAUUUACAGCUAAUAGUGAAUGUAUCUCUCUUUUUUUAUCUCUUGAAGAAGAAGAUUCCUCAGAAAGAAGAGAAAGCUCAGUGAUUAGUUCCAUGAAUACUGUUGAUAUAAAGAACAAGAAGAGUCGUGUGUUAAACGUAUUUUCAGCCAUUUGAUUUUUUUAAAAUCAUAUUUGAUAGGUAAGAGAGUAAUUUAUAUCAACAUGCAGGAAUGCACAAAUUGUUGGGUAGGAAUUUCCAAAGAUAAGUAGUGUUGGACCAGUCAAAAGCCCAGUCUGAGUUUAACCCUUAUUCUGCUGUUCCCAGAGAUGCUUCCAAGGGCAGCUAAGAAAUCAGCCAUGAGAACAGCAGCAUCUUUCUAGACAUGUUCUACAAUUGUUGAUGUUCAGAGCAAGGAUGAUUCUCCCCCAGGGUGGGAAACACCCUUGACCCAGCAGGGAAUCAAGUAGGUGGGUAGGUUGCAACCCCCAUGUGUAUUUGUCACAAGGCUACAGCAUUUUUCUGGCUAAAAAUGGCUGUGGCUGCCAUUGUUUCCCUCCCCAACAGCAUGAUAUUUUCACUUACAUUUUCUGCUACAAUAUUUGCCACUGCAGAAAAGUAGCUGGAGUGCCUGCUGAGCCCAGUGUCCUGGUUCAACCAUGACCUUUCUCAGGGUGAGGCAUUGUGGGCAAGAUUACUGACAAAUAUUGCAUUUUUAUCAUUUACCAUUUAUAUAACACCGGAAUUACUACUUAAAAUGCAAUAGCGGUAUACCAUUCUGUAAUAAACACAUGUGGUUAAAAUAUCUGGGGAAGUACAUUUUUUGAAAAAUCA